AUGCCGAAGAACAAGGGCAAAGGAGGCAAAAACCGUCGACGCGGGAAGAACGACAAUGACGAGAACAAGCGCGAGCUCGACUUCAAAGAGGAGGGACAAGAGUAUGCUCAGGUGGUGCGGAUGCUGGGCAAUGGACGCUUGGAGGCUUACUGCUUUGACGGCGUGACGCGUCUGGGUCACAUCCGUGGCAAGAUGCGCAAGAAAGUCUGGGUCGGCGCGGGAGACAUUAUCCUCGUGAGUCUGCGCGAGUACCAGGACGGCAAGGUGGAUAUUAUUCAUAAAUACAACGCCGAUGAGGCGCGUAGUCUCAAGGCCUACGGGGAGCUGCCGGACAAUGCGCGUAUCAACGAGACGGCGGUGGACAUGGCCAUGGAAGGCGACGGCGAGGACGACAUUGGCUUUGACUUUGACGACAUUUAA